ACUCUCUCUCGUAGUGCAACCGUGCAAAGCCGACAUGCGACAAUUGCCUGAUGGCUGGUCGCGUCUGCACGACGGAGGAUGUGCUCCGGAAACGUGGCCCCCCCUCGAAGAAAGAGAAGCAGGUGCUGGAGGAUGCGGGUAUCACGUUUCGAGGCGGUAGAAACAAGAAGGGGACGAGGGGUCGCGGUGGCAUUCGAGGCCGUGGCAUCUCCGACAUCUCAAUCUCUACGCUGGCCGAGAAUCAAGCGGCAGCGGGACCCGGACCUGGGACGAUGGCUGCGUCAAGACUCGGUAAGAGCGCGUCUGGAUCUACCCCCGGGACAGGCGGUGCAAGAGGCGAAGACAGCCGAAGCGUGAGCGGGAGCCUCACUGGCACGAUGUCGACAACUCCCUCAUUGUCAACUGGCCCAACGACAUCGACUGAUCCCACGUCUGCAUCGCACGGCAGCGCAAGCGGCAGUGGAUCUGGAUCCGGCAAUGCAUCAGGCAGCGGAGCGACGAGCGGUGUACGGGAGAGCGGCACUAUGGGCGAUCUCGAGAGGACGAUCAUGAGUGGAGGCAUGGCAAGAUACCCGCAGAUACCGUUGAGACAAACGUUGAUAGGACCGAGCCCGAGCUCAGGUGAAAGAGCCGAGGGCAGAUUGUCAGAAGUCGAAAGGCGAGCAAGAGUGGAAGCGCAGUGGAAAGAGGCAGAGUGUUUGAGCGCUAAAGGCAAAGCCAAAGCGAUCAAACCUGGCAGGGGGCACGGUCAAAAGUGAUGAUCGGUUGUGAUGUCACCGGAUGGUGAACAUAUUUCAAAGCUAUUGGCUCCUAAAAAAAUGAUGCAAAAAGCAAAGUCGAGAAGGAAAUAAAUGAAAAACAAAAGGCGAUUUCAUGCACGAAAAAAUU